AUGGCCCGUUCAUUUAAAAUCAAAGUUCCAGCAUCAUCCGCCAAUAUUGGUCCAGGUUACGAUGUUCUAGGUGUAGGAUUAUCCUUAUUCCUGGAGCUAGAUGUUACCAUUGACAAUGCACAAGCACAUAAGACCAAUGACGACCCAAACAACUGUAAAUUGUCCUACAGUGAAGAUAGUGAGGGGUAUGCCACUGUGCCAUUACAAUCUGACGCUAACUUAAUUACAAGAACUGCCUUAUAUGUUCUUCGUUGUAACAAUAUCAGAAGUUUCCCAUCCGGUACAAAGAUCCAUAUCCAUAAUCCUAUUCCACUAGGUCGUGGGCUAGGGUCUUCAGGUGCCGCAGUCGUGGCAGGUGUUAUGCUUGCAAAUGAAGUUGGUAAACUAGGAUUUUCCAAGCAACGUAUGUUAGAUUUCUGUCUCAUGAUUGAACGUCAUCCAGACAAUAUUACUGCAGCUAUGAUGGGUGGAUUCUGUGGGUCCUUCUUGAGAGAUUUAACUCCACAAGAAGUCGAAAGACGUGAAAUCCCAUUGGCUGAAGUACUACCUGAACCAUCAGGUGGUGAAAACACCGGUUUGGUACCACCACUACCACCAACCGACAUCGGUAGACAUGUUAAGUACAAUUGGAACCCAGCCAUUAAAUGUAUUGCCAUCAUUCCCCAGUUUGAGUUAUCUACGGCCGAUUCAAGAGGUGUUCUUCCAAAAGCAUACACUACUCAAGACCUUGUCUUCAAUUUACAGAGAUUGGCUGUCCUAACUGCUGCGUUAACAAUGGAUCCUCCUGAUGCCGAUUUGAUCUAUCCAGCUAUGCAAGAUCGUGUUCAUCAACCAUACAGAAAGACACUAAUCCCAGGUUUAACCGAAAUAUUAUCCAGUGUUACCCCAACCACUCAUCCUGGUCUCUUAGGUAUCUGUCUUUCUGGUGCUGGUCCAACUAUCCUAGCUUUGGCUACUGAGAACUUCGAGGACAUUGCUCAAGAAAUUAUAAACAGAUUCCAGAAAAACAAGGUCGAGUGUUCCUGGAAGUUACUAGAACCUGCAUACGAAGGAUCUACAGUGGAGAACUACCCAUAA